GUCGAAGAAUAGGAAUUUAAAUGAAAACAUAGAAGUUCCUAACAACAUACCGCAUAGAUUAUCUAUAUAAUGGAGUAAUUACUGCUUAUUCCAGUUAAAUGGAUGAGGUUUGUGAUAGAAAACCUUCUGAGGAAGAUCUGCUCGGCUGUUGGGAGGUAACGUCAAAUCCCAGAAAAUUAUUUGCCACAAAAAUCAAUAAUGGUUUCAGUUUUGCUGACAUUUCUCUCGACAAUGAAUGUUUUCAGAUAGUGUCUUGCAAACUACAAGAAGAGAGAUACCCAGACGUCGAAGGGUAACUUCUUAUUCAUUUCUGUAAACUGUAUAUUUUUAAUGAUUUGAAUAGCUCAUCCUAUUUUCUGUCUGUGAGCGCAAAUGUUUUGUGGUGAAAAUUUAAUUUUGUUGGGUUCUAUUUAGUCUCGAACGUUUAUGCGACACUUCAACAAGCCCUUAAAAUUACUUUUUAGUGAUGUGGUCAAACACGCAGCUCUGUAGCGUUACUUUGAUGUAGUUAUUCAUUGCUUUAUUUUGAGAUAUAGAGACUGCGUAUCUUUAGAGCCAACAGCAUAAGUUAAUAAUUAUAUGAUUAAGUUCUACCACUAAUAAUAAUAAUUUCCACCUGUUUUGUACUUUUUUUUUUUUUGAUGGAGCUCUAUCAAAUGAAUAAGGACACAUCCUGGGAAAUUGCCAAGAAACUUAAUCUAAGAAUACACAUUUAGGGGAGCAAAGCUUAUUGAAAAACAAUCGCAGAGUUAAAAUAUUUAAAAUAUUAUUACUGAAACAGCUGAAAGGGUACCUUACUUCACUCAAACUUUUUUGAUAAGUUAAGUCUGUACUCAAGCCAAGUGGCCUACCCAGUUGGAGCUUAUUCUGGUUUCCCAAGCAUGAAGGGCCAAGGAGUAGCACUGCUUUCCCCUGGAUGGGUAGCCAGUCCAUUGCAAGGUUACCCCCCUCUCCCCCUAGUAUUUCACCAGGCUUUCUUGUUAAUUUGUUGGUAUGCAUUUAUACUCUUGGCUGGAGAGGCACUACUUGUGAGUAAAUGAUAAAUUUUGCCCAAGACCACAAUGCAUUGACCAGGGCAAUAGGUCUGAGUUAGAGACCUGGCCUGGAGUUCAUUGCACUUACUAUUAGACCAAUGAAUUUCCCAUCACCUGCUAUCACCUUGUAUGCAAAGAAAUUUCUUCUUUGAUUUGUUUUCAGUCAUUUAUAAUCAUCUAAUCAGGUAUUCUACCAUUUAUAAUUAGUUAUUUAUUCCCCACUUUCUCAAACUGUGUCUUGUUCCUCUGUCCUCCUGCAUAUUUCUGUGAGUUUUAAUAAAAAAUGGACUUAAUUUUUACAUAAAUUACUAUUAUAUUUAUGAUUUCUUUGUAUAGAAUUGAUAAUCUGUUUCUUUUUUUCAGGGUACAAUUCAGUUUAGAGGAAGGUGGUGAUCUGAUCUGGAGUGUGCCUCCAACAUCAGAACAAGAUACACUUCCUUUCUUUUCUUGUGAAACAUUUGUGGUAAGAGAACUUUAGACAAGUUAGUGUUUGCAAGCUUUUUGUUUGAAUGCUAGAAAUUUAAUACCAAAGUGUCUCUCCUCUGGAUCUGGAGAUUAUCUUUGGUAAAACAACUUGCCUCUAAAUUAUAUUCAUCAUGCAAUCCUUGAUCUAGUAGUGUUACAGGUGUAUUUGUUGAAAUAAUUGUUUGCUCUUGAAUACUGUUCUAUUAAGAAUGUUUAUAACUUAAAGCUCUAUUUCACAACUGUUUUUAGUGGCAGAAUUAGAUUUCUUCAAAUCACAAAUUGUUAAUAAAUUUAUAUGUGGGCAAAAAGUCUUCUUUUUCUUGUGCAGGUCGAUGGCUUUUCAGGAGAGUUGGUUUGUUAUGGCAGCAAUGUUGACAAAAUUGCUUUAAGAGUAAGUCAAAAGUAGUAUAUUGCUGAAUAAGUAACCUGUUUUGGUUGCUCGUAACAAGUAGAAAAAAGUUUUGACUACUAAAUUUGUAUUGAAAGAGGCCAAUUGGAUGACCAGUCUUUGGUGGUUUUUAUUUUCUUUUCUUAAAAAAAUGCAACUUAAACAUAUCAACCAUGUUAAGAUCAUGUAAGGUGGUGUCAAAUGACAACUUGGUAACAGGUAAUAACAUUGCUGUUACUAAUUUACUCCUUAUAAGCCUUGUAUGCACUUUUUUUUUUUACCUUAUUGGCCACUCUAAAGUCAAUUGUCAUCAUGAAAUACUCGGAUCAAUAUCAGUAUCUGGGCAACUGCCCACCUACCCCUCCCCUAACUCAACAACAGUCAAUUGAUAACAAAUUAGGGUUAAUGUUGGGUUAGGGGAGGGGUAGGUGGGCAGUUGCCUGGAUACUGAUAUUGAUCCAAAUACUCCUUACAUUGCCAUACAUUAUGUAUCAUUUUAGUACUGAGAAUUUGGAUUUGAAUUCAUCAGUAUCCCUUAAUUCAUGUAUUACUAAUUCUCUCUUCUUAUUACCUUUCUACUUGAAAACAAAUGGAUUUUGUAAGGGAAAAACCCUUUUUGCUCUCUUCAGGAAGUGAACAGCUUUUUGUUUUGAAGGAUUUGGCGACAGGCUUGUGAAUGUUACCCUUUUCUCCUUUCUUGGAUGCCCUCCGAUUCCUUCCAUUCUUUCCUCUUUUUUCUUUCUUUUAAUUUCUUUCCUUCUGUCACUCCAGUCUUGCAUUUUUCAUGUUUCUGUAAUUUCUACAUAAAGUUCCUUUUUGUGUACAUGCAGUCAGUGUUACGGUUUCUCAUUUCCUUACAACAGGCAAUUCUGUAAUUUUUUGCUCUAUAGUGUUCUCUUGAAUCAAACCAGCUGGUCUUGUGUUAUGACAGACAUUUAAAGUUGUGCUGUCGAAAGGUAAAAAUAUGUUCAACAGCUUUGCAUUUAGUAUUUCCCUAUCAACAUCACAAUCACUAGAAAUGUAAAAAAAAAAUCUGGUCUGGAAAAUAAUGAAUUCAGAAUGAGCACCACAUUCCAAAAACAAUUGUCAUUAGGAUGACACUUCUCAUUAUUUAUCAUGACUUAAAACUUUUCAGAAAUUGGUUAAAGGUGUCACUCUGUAAAGGAAAAUGAUAGUUUAUUAGACUCAUUAUUUUCUGCUCUACUCUAACAUUUGUCAAAGUUUACAAUAAUUAUAUCGCUGUGGCAAAUUAUUUUGCCGUACUGAGAUCCAAGCCCUAUAUAUUUUUUCAGUGACUAUUGCCAGCUUUGUAAAAUGCAUCAUUACAAUUUCUCAAUUUUGCAUUUAUCUUUUUAAUUAGUUUCUCAGAAUCUGUUUGGUAGACCCUUUCAUUUUGGAAUUAAAUACAUGUGUUUUCAACCCAGGUGGAUCAAGUGAACUCUACAAAUCUUUCACAUGGUCCAUAUUCCUUACUUUCUGCAUUGAAGGAGGGCUUUUUCACAGAUAUCACCCUUACUGCUAGCAAUGGUGAAAAGGUGACUCAUUAACAAUCUAAUAAUGAAGUCAAUUUUGGCUUGUAUAGUGAAUUUUUAUUUAAUAGUAGAGUCUGUGAAUCAAGCACAAAUAUCAUGCCACAUUUAAGGCCAGCUGAAUAUUUUGUAUUUUGUAUAAAAAAAAAGACCUGUUUAACCGGUAAUGAUCCACUAAACACACUACACCUCUCUAUCUGCUUCACUUUUUCAGCCUUAUGAGAAAUAAGCAUAGAAUCAAGCAGUUGGAUAACAAAUUAUAAUAGUUGUUUGUAUUUUGACAUGCCCUAUGCACUCUUUGAAAUAUGGCACAACUUGUAAAAAUACUCAGCAAUACUACACACCAAAAUGUCUAAUUAGAUAUAUUUUGCCUAUUUUAUUUAAGUCUAUACAUGUAAUAUUAUAGCUGAGGCAGUUACUAAGUAUUAUUAGCUAGUACUUAAUAUUUCCAAAUACAGUCAUAUACAGUGGGUAUAUUCAAGGAUUUAAGCAAAGACAUUUUUGAGAUGCAGAUGGCAAAAAAAAGAGUAAUUCUGGCAUACUUUGGUGUAAAUUAUUGACUGUUAGGUCAUGGUUUUUGCAUUUUAAACAUAAAAGGUGCAGACCAGAAAGGUAAGUGAGCACUAGAAAUGAGAUCUUUAACCUUUCAGCUGCUGUCCAUGUUUCAAAAACAUUUGUGCAUGAGCCUCCUAUAUUUCUUGACCCAGAAGAUGUUUUGAUCAUCUCAAACUUUUCUGCAUCAUCAAAUUUCUUUUAUUAUUAGUUCAUGAUUGCAAUGUUCAUUGUUUACAAUAAAUGUAUGGAUUGACAUCCUGGGUGACAGUAUUGGAAUGUAAUUUACCUUCAAGUUAGAUCAAGUGUUUUCAGUUAAAGCUGGGUUGGCCCCUUUGCCAUUUAACAUGCUAGACUGUGGAUCAAGAGGUCUUACUAUUGUUUGAUCUCUGGCUGGUGUCAUGAAAUUAUGUCCUCUUGUAAAUGAAAGGCGACACACCUUUCUGUGCCUCUUUUUACGGUAGAGUUUGAAUGGGUACCCACAAUCUGUGAGGGAAGUGUGAGUUAGUGGUGGGAACUACUAGCAAUUAAGUAGCAUCUGGUCUGGGAAGGGUGGAAGUACCCUACAAUGAUUUGUGGUGCAGAAAGUGGGACAAACUAUGGUAUCAAAGGGUCACUGGGUUCCCAAGACACCUUUUUCUUCAUCCUGGUCCACUUUUUUUUUAAUCUUUAUUUUUGCAUUGUUUUUUAGUUCCAAGCCCACAAGACAGUCCUUUCUUGUUUCUUUACCGAUGUCUGUACAUGGGACAAAAUUCCUCCUUUAUUAGAAAAUCAGCCAUCAGAUGUGCUAAGGGCACUGUUACAUUACUUGUACACUAGUUGUUUGCCAGCUGACAUCUCAGAUGAAACUGCAAAAGAGCUUCAAAAAAUUUCCCAAUUGAAUGGGAAGGAUAUUGGACAUCUAAGCAAGCUUUGUACUGAGUAUCUUGAAGCAACAGCUGUGAAAAAUCGUAAGCUAUUGAUGAUGUUUAAGAACAUUUUAUGUUAGAUCUAUUUCAUUUCCAGCUUCCCCUUUUUUAAUUGUUAAAGUGAAUCAGGCAGCCUUCGGUAAUUUACAGCGUAGCAUCAGCUUUGAAACAUUGUCUCUCUAUACACAGAGAGGCUCAAUGGGAGUCAAUGGGAGAAGAUUUCAACAACAUGCCAUGGCUAAGAUUUGAUUAAGAGAUACAAAAAAAGAUUUGUUUUUAGGGCUUCCAUCAGAAGGACAACAUCCUUUAUCAUUCAUGACUGUGGCCUAAGAUACCAAUUCUCUUUCAAGUUUUCUUAUUGUGGUUAAUUUAAAAGUGAAAGCAUUUUGAAAACUACUCUCAGAGGAGAAUGCCUCUCAUGGAUCUGGCCACAGCAUGAUUCAAUCCUCAUAAAAAAAUGAUCCAUGUUUAUUCCUGAUUCAAAUGCAGCAUAUGGCUUGGGUUACGUGUAAUUUCUGAAGAAAUAGACUGCUCCCUGCUCCAAGGCCCUUUCUGUAAGUUUUUUGGUUUUCUACCCUCCAGAGAAAACAUUUCAAAAUAGUUGUGGUUCAAGUUAGAGUCAGUGAAAAGAGAACCUCUCUUCGCAAUGGCCAACUGAUGUGUAUCUAUAAUUCACUUUAAUUAUAUUUAAGUCCAUAGGACAUCUCUGCUCAUGGGUGGUUGGGCAUUAUUGAAUAAAUACAUUAGUCUUAAGCUCAUAACUUGGCUUGGAUCCCACUACCUUCCAAAUUCUCCAUCUUGCUUUUUUUCUUAAUGUGACCUUGUCCAUGCACCUUUAACCCUUUUCACAGUUGGCAGGGUUUUUUCCCAUAAAGCAUUAAAACUCCCCUUUAGUAAUUCUCCUUCCCAAGAUCUAAUGAUGUUAGUUCAGAGAAUUUGGUAUUGGAUCAACUAAUAAUCCCAUGAUUGUUAUUCUUCUCUAUUCUCAUCACCUGCCUGCUUGAUAUUGUAUUGGUAUUGUUAGGAGAAAUUCUGUCUUGGUCACUUGUGGGAGUGAAAGGGUUAAUCAUGGAAGCACAAUGGAUACCCAUCUUGUCUUUACUAUCAAAAUGGUACUAUCCUCAGUCUACUACAAUUCUUCAUCACAGAACUGUUGAGAAUUAUCUUUUCUUUAUUUUCCAGGGAUCAAAAGUCUUCUCAGUGACUUAUAUAGUAUAUUGGAGUACAUUUUACAAAUAUCAGAAUCUUUAGCCUCAGGAUUUCGUCAUGAUAGAACAAGUAAUGGAACCGUCAACACUGGAAAUGGAUGUAGAGUAGAUCCUCUAAAGAUAGUCAAAGUUACCAAAAUGUCACUGAGGCAACUAUCAAUAGGUAAAUAAUUUAUCUUAACAAUUAUAGUUUGUCUAAUUUAUAUGAGCAGCUCUUCAAAGUGGAUGUCCUUUGUUGAUCCUUGCUGUUGACAAAGAAGAGGGUCACAGCAAGAACAAGUAUAGGUGCUCAGUCUGACAGUCUCUGUGCUUCAUGCCUCAAACCCUUUAGACUUGCUCCAUGUCCAGGUUGACAUGGAUUCAGGUACUGUUCCAUCCUGUGCCAUUGGUGUGGUACUGCUGAUACAUCAACCGAUUAGUGCAUCACAGUAUUUGAGCUGGUACUCGGCUGAAAUGGGAUAACUUUACUCCAUAGGGUAGCAAAUUAAAGGGGUAUCCUGAUCCUGUUUCAUGUACAAAUAUAAAAAAAAUACAUGUCACAUGUACUUUGAACAGUAUUUCAUGCAUCAAAAAUUUAAAAGAGAGAGCUUCAAAUCCCAGUCUUCCCCUUGCGUUUUGUUUAAAUUAAUGCAUCACAUAAUGAUAUAUUAAUUUUGGGCCUAAUUGUGCAUCAUCUAUAUACCCUUUGCCACCCUCACUCCUCUGUGAUUAUUUGGGGACAAGCCACCAGUGGAUAAAUCAGAAAUUUGUUUAAAGAGUUAACUAACAUAACACAAUUAUCAAUGAUGUCCUAAGAAGUACUUUUCUUACCUUGUAUCCAUUGUAGAACUAUUAAGACUGGAGUUGUUGAUUUAACACAAAGGUGGUUUGGAGUAAAAAAAAAUUAACUGAAGUUUCAUUAAAUUACCAAUGUUCUGCUGUUAUCCUAUUCUUACCAGGAAUGUUGAAGUUUGUUUUGCUCUGUGACAUUUUUACCAAACACAAGUCUGACCUAUCAAGAGAAGAGAGACAAGAUAUUAUUCAGCACUGUUGGAAGAGGUAAAAGAAGAAACAUUUUCCAAUAUUUUGGGAUCUUCUGGAAAUUCCUUCAGCACUAGGUUAUGACUCAUUUGGUUCCACUUGGCACACUUGUCUUCUUUUUCUGUUUUUGUUCAAUCAAGCACUGACUUCAGUUUUACUGUGCCCAUGUACAGUGUGACAUGAAAAAUGGUAUUACACUAGUUCUAUAUUUCUUUAUUAAUUGUUUUUUUCCUCCUAGGUUGCCUUGUUUUGUGGAACUAGUGGAGAAAUUCUUGACAGUUUUCCAAGGUGCUUUAUCUGGACUCAGUGAGUCUGAGAGGGAAGACAUGGCCUUGCAUCUUAUUCCAGAGGUUUGUGAAUUUGAAAUAACUAUAACAGUUAAGCUUCAUGGCUCUAUCUUUUAAUAUCAAGUAAUUGUUGAUAGAUUGAUUGGUACUAUUGUAAUUAAAAUGUUUUUAUAACAAAUAUUAAACAAAAUUGAUAUUGGGACAAGAAGUGCUCUUGCAGUGUCUUUCUCCCCAUCUGAAAUAUUGAAUGGUUCCAACAAACUGGCUUGGAAACAGAGCGAAGUUAUCUGAAAUUAAUUAACCUUCCUUCAUCUCUUGCCCCAGAAACUGGGUCAAGAACAGGUUAUUUCAGGAUCAAUAAGCUUGUACAAGGGUUGAGGGAGGAAUUUGUAACAGAAGGGGGCACCCUACUAUUUCCUAUUACUCCAUUGUGUUCUUUUUCUGUACAUAGAUUGAGAAGAUUUGGUUAACAUCCACUCAGCUGGGAAGUGAUGCCAAUUGUGCUCUGGAGACAAUUACACGGAAAGUAGACAAAGAUCAUAAAUCGAAAACACAUCUUCCGAAGAUGGCAACUUCAUUAAGUAGAACGCUCAGAAAUGUGAGUAAAUACAAAGUAUUUAUAGAUCAUACUACUGGUAAAUCUACUUCAUCAAAAAGAAAAGAACAAAUUGUGAAAAGGGAACUUUAAUUUUAACUUUGAUCAUGUACCCUGGUUGCAAAACCAAUCAAAUGUCAUGAAUUGCAUAAUUAUGCAAUAAUCAGGUAUAGAUAGAGAGUGGAGUGUGGCUGUGCUCAUUGUUUGUGUGGCUAUGUUCAUGUUUAUUCUAUGAAAUUUUGGGAAUGGGAAUGUUUAAUUCCUCUUUGUAAGUAAACUGAGUUUGAUGUUAGUGUAGUAAGUUCUGUCACUUACAGUACGAACAGAGGAAACAAGGUUAUAAGAUGCACCAAUCAUAGCUCACAUACAAACUAAGAGAUAUUAGUAUGAUUUGGAUUUGUGUUAAAUUUGUUAAAUCUUCAGGCAGUUCACCUUAGAGAAGUUAUAACACUUAAAAGAUUUCACGAUAAGGUCUCAUCAUCACUUAUGUUUCUGCUGCAAAAAAGGUGAGAAAAUCUUUUUUCCCAAGCUCUGACCCUACAUUUAGAUUAAAUUGAUUAAUAUUUGUUGAACAAAAGCUAAGGCUGACUUUAUGUAUACUAACUAUUAUUCAUUGGGAUUAAAGCAUGGAUCCUGUUUCAACAGAAAGCCUUCACAUUCCAAAUUCUUUGCAAAUCCUUUUUAAUAGGAGUUGAACCCAUAUAAAACUCAACUUUAAAUCACUAUCUGUUCAUAAAAUUAACAAUGUUUUAUCACCUGGUAUUUUUUUUGAUAAACAAUUAUAUAAUUUAUAGUUACUAUCGUCAAUUGGGAUAAAUAAUGUAUUAUUAUUAUUACUAUCAAAUUCAUUAUUCUUAUCACUAUUUUUGUAAUAGUUAUCUGUCAUUAUUUUAAAUACCAGCACUAGCACUAGUAGUAACACUAGUAUUUGUUUUCGAAUUUUUAAUUAGUAUUAUCCUUAAUGUCCACGUAUUCUCGCUGUUUCAGGGGGGAUUUUACUUCUUUAUCAGAAGAACAGAAGCUGAGAUCUGUGUUAAAGACCAUGGAUAAUAUGAUGCUAGAGGUCAGUAAUAAUAAGUAUGUGUUAUUAGAAGAGACUAUUGUAUUAGUAGAGUGGGUAUACUGAGAGACAGCACUGGAAAGGGAUCAACAGUGACGUAUGCAGAGGUGGCUUGAAGGAGAGAGGCUGGGGAAGACCAAUGGUUAAUUGUAGGGGGAGGGGUGGGACUGUUUAGGGGUGGACUUGUAUGAAAUACGUUGGGAUUUCAUGUAACUGUUCAAAGUUUUGAGGUUAGAGAAACAAGGUGAGAGUCCAGUUAAUCAUCGAGCAUGUAGAUGACGUUUUUUUUAAUCAAUGCAGAUACCAGAUCACAUUCGCACUCUCCAUAAAUUUCCAAGAAUAUUUGAGAAAAAGAUGCCAUGGAAGCAGUGGAAGUAUUUGUGUAAAGAGUGGACGUCAUUCGUGGUAAGAAUUGGCCGAUCUAUAGCAAGUAAUUUAACGUCAUAAUUAUUAUAUAGGAACAUUUUAGGGCAUCAAUAAUUCAACAAGUGGUUCUACAAUAGACCAACAUUUAUCAAACAACUUAAACAAAAGCUUUAUUUUAAUUUGUUAGUUUUCAGAUCAUGAUAGUUGCACUCGUCAGUAAAACUUGUAGGGAACAUCGGGAAGAAAGGUUGUUAGGAACAUCUGUUAAAGAAAACUUACUGGUAAACCUCGCUGGUCAGUUUUUGAACAAGGCGCCUAUUAUUUGUCACAAAGUUUUCCUGGGGCAUAUGGGUGGUGAUUUUGUGACUUUUGUGCAUAAACUUAUUUCUUUUCGCAGAGUCUUAGUUUACGAAAAGUGUUAGCAAACAAAGAUAUUCUUGAGCCGGUGGUGGAACAGACAAUUGCUUUAAUUCAUGAAGACCAGUUUACCAAUCUUGUUCAGGAACUUGGUUUCCGAAAGGAGAGUUUUAGUGAGGACAAGGACGAGGACAUCACUAGAGAAAAGGUAACUUUUUAAGGAGAAAUCGCUCUUCACGGAUGUAAAAACUUCCUUAUUACUGAGAAAAAUGAGUGGGAACACUUACAGAACAUGGCGAUGGUAAAACAGUCAUUAAUAUUCACUGCGGUCAGUCUCUCGAAAUUUAUUUAUUCAUUUUUUUUUGGUGGGGGGGAGGGGAGACAUAUAACUGUUUCUUGUUUGAUCCAUCUGAACUUUUCGUGAAAAUCAUGUGAUUGCUUAUUGAUGAUAUCCUUGCAAUUGUUAUUAUAAUACAGGAAUAGUUUAAACUCUGUCGAUGAACAGUAAGUUUGGGGGAAGGGGAAAGGAGACAUAUAACCUAUUUCCUGUUUAUAAGUUUUUAGAGGUUGUAUGUAUUUAAAGAACGCUUUAGCGUUUAAAUAAGCAAUCAAACGUUUCUCGAAAUUUCUUUUCAUAAGAUUGUUUUUAUGACAAAAAGGCUUUUUAAUUAAGUUGACUUUCUCUUCUUUCUUGUAGAAGAGCAGAGGUCGUGUGGAGUCAGUAAUAACUUGUCCGCCGGCUGAUAAGAGCCCGCUGGCUCAAUCAGUCAACCAGCUAUUGAUAUCUGGAGCUCAUGCAGACAUGAAAUUUAUUUUUGACAAAACAGACUUAUCUCAUUACUCCGCAUGCACAGAGUGCAAAAGAAUAUGUGAUCAGAACGUAAUGGAGAUUGCUGCCCAUCGUGUUAUUGUAGCUACACGUUGUGAUUGGUUUAGACGGGCACUGCUGAGUGGCAUGAAAGAAUCUAUAGAAAGGUACGAGGGCUUUGUUAAAGCUCCUUUUUUGGGGUGCGAUGCCGAUCGUUUACAUAUUGUUUACGCAACUGGUUCACCAGUUCGCAGUCGAAAAAAAGGAGUGGAAAAGCUUGACCUGAGAAGCAGUUGGUUUAAAUAAGAAGAGCAAUUUUAAACUGAAUUUUAAAAUUAGCUUAGUUUAGUUCUGUUCCCUGAUUGGUCUGUAAAACUCGGCCCAGCCUCUUAACCAAGCAAAAGUGUUGUGAUUACUUCUGUCUUUGGUUGUACGACACUCAAUCGAAAAACUCUCUAAAGGAGUAGUUACGUCAAUGUUAGCAAUAUCUUGCGUUUUAUUCGUUUACCUCAUCGAACCCCAGGAAUACCUAGAGGUCGUUACUUCGUGAAUUUAUCACCUUAAGGGACCGAUUGCAAAAAUGUCUGGUUUCUCACUCGUUUGCGUGUGAACGGAAGAAAGGAAAUGCGUAGAAAAUACACGUACGGACCGAAGCGAUCGACGCCUUAAGAAAAUCCGUUUACCAAUGUUACUGGACCCAAACCUAAGUGAUAAAAAUAAAGAAACAUUUCCUUUAGAUAGAGAGGAAGAAAGAAUGGCGUAUUUCUGAACUCCUCGGUCUGGUCGACAUUUACUUGUCUAAUGAGUUUGUUGGCCGAGUUGCCAGUGAUAGAUACAAUUUGUUGGUUUUCAGGCGGAUUUUAAUUCCCGACACGAGUCCAUGUUUGUUCUACAAGUUCCUUGGUUAUCUGUACAGCGGUAUUCUUGAUAAGGACAGCCUUAGUUUGGACGAGCUUGCCGAGGUGAUAGCAUUGAGCGAUAAGUACGAGGUAAGGGGUAAAAUUCUCUUCUUCUCUCGACCACGUUCUUCUUUGUGUUUGACACAAUUAAUUCAGUCGGAGCAUUAGCGUAAGCAGUACUCAUUUAGAAUUUCAUUCCAUGGUUCGUAUGGGAAAACAGAAAUCUCUCGAUAGAGCAAUUUUUAAAAGAGCGUCAAAACUAAUUGGGAAUCGCUUUGGUUUUGCUUUAUUCCGGUUGUUUGUUUGAGAAAACCCGCGCCACACUCUCAACCAUUCAGAUUCAAACUAAAACCAAUCACGACCUGGUCACACGCGUUUUCCCGCGCUUCAGGUGUUUUGCUUGUUGUUACGUCGAGUCUUCAUUCUUCGUGAUGUUUUCCUUGCCAGGAUUGGCCGUCCACAUCUCAGUGAGAACUCUUGGUCGCUAAGGAAUUUAUUACUAGUAUCUCUGUCUCUAUUUUUCUUCGAUUAUUGAUGGCUUUUUACAGAAAAUUUGGCAUUUUCAAUUCCAGGUGGAUUCUCUAAAAGAAAUUUGUGAGGGAGUCUUACUUCGAGACAUCGAUGGAGAUAACGUUUUGCUGUAUCUUGGUAUGGCGGAGCAGUAUUCUGUGGCUCUUUUAAAGGUAGGAGACGCGUAGAGCACCGAACGGGACUACAUGUAACUCACGGUGCCAAAAAUUUCCAAGUUCGCCUUUCAUGAGUCAACUUAAAAUCAAUUCCCAGUUUUGGUGUUUUGAUAUUGCGACAUAACCCUACAUGAAGAGUACUUAUGUUUUUGUUUUUUUUGUUGUUUUUUUUUUUUUCAGGAGGAAUCAUUUAACUACAUAACGUUGCAUCCUGAAGUCUUGGAAUCAGAAAUGUUUGAAGAGCUCCCUGACACUUUGAAACAAAGUAUCGAGGACAGAAUUCGUCAAAACAUGUAAGUGAAUUUUGGUUGGAUAUACGGUAAGGUCAGCGGGUCAUAAAAAACACUCCUUUACUGUAUUGACCUUGCUUUACUUAUGACUCGCCCACGAAGCAAACUCCAACCUUUAUACCAAUCUGAUUCCACACAGAAAUUCGGGAAAACGGAGGUGAUCUAAGAACAACUGUAGAGGGAUUAUUGAGGCUCAGUGGGGUUUUCAGUCUCUGAGGUUCAUCCUCUUUAACUUGCAUUCAGGUCGUAAGACCAACACAUCUCAUUGGAUGACAAACAUUUUCUUAUAAUUUAGGCCACAGGCUAAACCAAUAGCAGAGGAAGUAAAUCAGGCACUUGCUGUAAGUAUUAAUAUAAUAUCUUUGAAUGGAAGUUACCCCCUUGUAUUUUAUCUAGUAACUGCAUACGAGACUUGCUUUUUCACUUGCUGGAGUACCGGUAGGAGUACCGCUUCUCCUCCAACAUUGGGUGAUGAUGAUAACGAUGCAUUUAUGUAACGCACUCUCUACAGGAAAAUUCCCUAAUGCGCUUUACAACAUUGUGGGGGACUUAACCCAGACUGCAUUGAGGAGUUACAAUUGCUGAUAGGGAAUUUUACAGGUGCUCCCAACUUAGGAAUUUUUUGAAACAAGGCCAGACCACAACAACGGAGCUACAUUCCCUACUCUUUGAGAGAAGUGCGUGGGUUCUUUAACGUCCACUGCUAACUAGUACAGACAAGAUGCAGGAGACGAGGUUUUCUUCUUUCAAAGAAGACUAGAAAGUCUUCAUUUCCAGAUGUCAUCAAAGAACAGCAGCUAAAGACCCUAAUUUGUCCGGUCUUUACCAGAUGGCCUUUCCGGUUUUUCAUCACGUUUAGGUAGUUGGCCUUUUUUUUUUUUAUAUUCAGGAGGGAGAGAGUCAUUGUGAGGGUUGCACGUCCUUCCUCUAGGUCUCGCUAAAGAACGCAAUCCAGUUACCCUGGAUUGGCCAUGAAUUCCAGCGCGCUGAUCGUGUCUUUUAAUCCACAGAUUACCCGUUUAGAAGAUUUUGAAGGCCUGCUCGAGGACGAUUUUGUUGAAUAUUCGGAGGACAGUGAUGAUGACAACGACGAUGACGUCAUGCCACGUGGUAACAGUCAAAUAGAGCGUUGUAUUGAACAACUUCGUGAUGUCCUCGGAGAUGAUGUGCCGCGGAGAGAACUGGUACGAGUGACUCUUGCGGCGGAUUGUGAUCCUAACAGAGCUCUUAACUUUUAUUUCACUUAACGUUUUAGAGGAAAUUUCAAAGCUUAUUUCGGGUAUUUCACAUGAAAAUGGUAAAACUACAGUAGAACCUGUAUUAAGUGGUCACCUUGUAUUUUGCGGUCGGUUGUCAAAGUCCCGAAUUUGUUUCUCUCCAAUAACUGUUAAGCGGUCUUGGUCACCUUUGAGUAAGUGCCAUCGGUUAGUUUUUUUCCCACCUCUACUGAACGGUCAUUUUAAGUGUAUCAGCACAAAUUAAACUAAGAAUAGCCUUUUAAAUAAAAAUGAGUCCAUUUUAUCGCCCGAAAUCAAUGUUAGUGGCAUUUUUGAGGGAUUUUUUUGUACAUAAGUGGUCAGUUAUGGCAUUAAACGGCGUUUUUUCGUGGUACCCCUAUCCUGUGGAACCUGUAUUAAGCUGUGGAACCUGUGUUAUUCCCGUGGGUGACCGCUUAAUACAGGUUUGACUUUAGUUGGCAAAGCACACGAAAAAUCUUCACUAGCGCGAGAGAUUAUCCUACAUGACGUAACUACUGCUGUGACGUAAUCGUUGCGUAAAACGCUCAAAAAGAAAUGGCGCUUUCAAAAAUUUCUUCUCUGAGGAGGGUUUCAAUACAAAUUCCAGCCAUUUUGCCAGAAGAUUGGGAAACAUUUGAAAAGUAAACCUAACAAGAGAUGGAACGUGUGGGCGGGAACAAAAUAAAUAAAUAAUAAACAGGAGUUGUUGAAGAGAUGGAAGUUAGCGGCCUUUUUUUUUCCCUUUGUCGGCUUUGUAAACUGUAAAGCUACGUAUGUUGACAGUGACAAAUGACAAGUUUUAUUCCGGCAAAAGGUUGAUAAAGGUGUCUAAACACCUUAUCCAAAAAAACACCUUGUUGACACCCUACAGGUCUCCAAGACUCUACCGGUAAUUUAAAAAAUUUUCCAAAAUUUUGACUGGCAAAUCGUUUCUCAAUGUUGAAAUUUUGUACUAAAAAUUGAAAAGUAAGUACUUGUAGAUUUUAUUUUACCCAAUCUCGCCAAAGCUGUCAUUCGAUUUUUGUAAAGAGCUUUGAGAUAAAACGUUGAAUUCAUAUGGUUAUGAAUAAUGAUUUAAAACAGUUGCUAUGUGGGACGUUAGCGGGACUCGGAUUGAAACUAAAUGAUGUCUUUUGUACCAAAAAUAUGCCUUAUUUAUAAGGGUAAAUGCUGAAAUUGUAAUAAUUAGGAAAAGUAAAUAAAAACCCAUGCAGAAG